AUGGCUCACGUCAUCGGAACAUCGCGAGUGGGUCACCGGCACGACCCCCACACCUCCGACGGGCAACGACACCAAGGAUCGCUCUACGCGGGCCUUUAUCAGCGCCAGAUUCACCACCGGGACCUGCAGCCUCCUCUGGCAUUCAUCUGCAUCAGGGCAGCUAAGAGGGCAUGGGCCUCGACUUCCAUGGACGGUGGCCAGAUUGAGCGGAGCUUCCCUUCCUCUGCCUGGCAGGGCAAGGACAAGGACAAGCAGCAACAUCAUCGAAUCAUCAAGAGCAGCCUCAUCCUCUUCAUGCUGGCUCGACUGCCUCUGAUUCUUCCAGUUUGCUGCCUUGCCUUGCAGAUGCGGCAGCUCAAGGGCGAGGUCGACAUCUUCUCCAGGGCCGACGGGUCGGCGCUGUUCGAGAUGGGCAACACCAGGGUCAUUGCCGCCGUCUACGGCCCCUAA